CUGUGAUCCCAGAGUUUCCCCAAUGACUAAUGAAGGAGAACUAGAGGAGUUGCCCAGCCUACCAGCAGAAGAGGGACAAGAGCACAGCAAUGCCUACUGGGAGACCAGUGAUGAAGAAGAGCCUCAGGAAGCCUUGAGCUCCCCACCAACAUGUGGGCGAGGGUCCUGUGAUCCUGAAGCUCCCCAAAUGAUCAGUGAAGAAGAACCAGAGGAGGUGCUCAAGCAACUGCUAUGUGAUGGGGAAGCAGAAGGUAGCAGUGCCUGUUUAGAAAUGCGUGAUGAAGAAGAACCCCAGGAAGACUUGAGCUUGCCACCAGAAAGUGGAUCAGUAUCUGGCAAAGUAGAAACUCUCCAAAUGAAUAGAGAGGAAGAAUCAGAAGAGCUUAUUUCCAGCCUACUAACCUAUGAUGGACAAGGCGCUGAGCUACCAGCAUAUGGAAAUCAGAAGUGUUCCUGUGUUAUGUGCUCCUCAAAAGAUGUGCCAGAAGGUCCAGAAGCAAGUACUGCAAGUAGCCAAGCACGUGACACGAUGGAUACUGUGGAUCUUGGAAACAACUCUUCUUCAGGAAAACUCAAGAGGAAGAGAAGUAAGAGUGCCUAAGAUUUUGCUUGCUUUCGAUGUUAAAAAUGAGGUUUUCAAUGCUAGAGUUGCAUUAUUACUAUUUACAAUAGUAAGUGAUAAUAAUAUGAUGUCUGCCCAAAGAUAUCCAUAUCUUAAUCUCUGGAAUUUGUAUUAUCUAUUAUCUUACAUAGCAAAAGAGAUUUUACAGAUGUAAUUAAGGUAGGGACCUUGGAAGAGGAUAUUAUUCUGGAUUAUCUGGGUACACUCAAUAUAAUGGAAUGGCUGUUCUUGUCUGUGGAGAGAGGGGGAUGGCCAUGGACGAUAGUCACAGAGAGAUACCAUAUUGCUGACUGGAGGAGGAGGAAGAUGGAGGGAAGGAACCAGGAAUAUGGAUGACCUCUGGAAACUGGGAAAAUCAAGGAAAUGUAUUCUACUGUACAGCCUCCAGGAAGGAAUGAAGGCCUACUGACCCUUGUCAGACUUCUAAUCAACAUAACUGUGAGAUAAUAAAUUUAUGUUGUUUUAAGCCA